AUGUCGGAUGAUUUGACUACUUGUUCUCUUUUUUCUUUUCUUUCUUAUUCCUUUAUUUUCUUCCUUCUUCUUUUUUGGUUUAAUCCUCCUCCAACAUUACUCUCGUAUCGGUCUUUCAAAACUCUCGUAUUCUCGUUCUUUUCUUUCAAUAUCUAUGCAUUUCUUUUUCUUUCUUUCUGGUAUGUUCCGAUAGCACAACUCUUUUCCCCUUCGAAUUUCCUCUCGUCAUUUGAUCUGGAAUUACAAAUUCCUUUUUUGUUGGUAGUGCUAGUCCUCCUCAUCUUCUUUCAUUUAAUCAUUUUUUCCUACCUCUUCUAUUUUUUUCCAAAUCCUCCCCAUUCGCCAUUUUCUAUAUCAUUUUUCCUUUUCUUUCAAUCAACUCGUUUUUUUAAAAUUUUUUAUUGCACUCUCUUUUUUCCAGGUCAUUUUUCUUUUCCCUUCUUUAUCUACUUUUUGUUUCUUGUUUCUUUCUUUCUUUCUUUCUUUCUUUCUUUCUUUCUUUCAAAUACCGCAUUCCCUAUAUAUAACAUACACCAAUAA